AAGCUCCGAAUGUGUGGUCACGACUCAGCACGCAACGCCCUUCGUCAUGAUGAGAAUCACGUCAGAAUUUCUCGUGGUGACGUGAACCUGGGUUAGCAUCACGCUACACGAGGCUUUUAUAUUACUAAUGGCAUUAUAACCCCUCGCUCUAUUUUCCACGUUGGACUAUGAUAUGCACUUAUAAAAGUGAAUCUGGCACUUACCGGAAACUAUUUCAAGCAUUGCACUGGUCGUAAAUCUGCCGGUAUUUUUCCUCAUUAGUUCAUAUUUUUGGAUUUGUUUCAAAACAUCGUUUCGAAAUACAUUUUACGCAAUUCAUCGCAUUGUGUGGACGCAUCGCGUAUUUGGAGAGCAUGCUGUCAAGAAGAAGUGGUUGUUCAUUUUAAAUCGCGUUGCGCGCAGAGCAGACGCCACGCAGUUUUGUGGUACCUGUGGACAACCGAGAUUUAAGACAGGCGGAUACCUGAGUGAAGAGGGGGCAACGAUCUUAACGCCUUGUUCGUGUUUCCGUUGAAUGCUCAAUUGGAUUUGCAACAGCAAACUGAAGAGUCGCCAGGACGCUUUCAGCACCACGUCUCUGAACAGCUCCCGUUUCCCGCUGGCUUGUUUUUCUGUCUGGAUGGGCACUAUCUGUCUCCGUCUUUCGUAGUUGUGACUGACUGCAAUGGCUUCUAGCGGGUUUUGGUCUCUCGGUGGCCAAAAUGCUGAUAACCCCGGCAACCAAAGCCCCAGUGCAACAAGAGCAUGGUGCCAGGCAGCGGCCCAGAAAUUUCCCGGAGGUCUUGGAUCGAAAUUAUGUGCAAUGCUAAACGUCGGCGAGGAAGAGAAACCAGCAGACACACCGACCAAACAAGAGCAGGAGACACUGGAUGAGACCUGCGGUUGCAAUAAACCAUGUAAUUGUUCUAAAGCAGCAACCGGCUUUUCCGAUCUCUACUCAACAGAUCUUCUUCCUGCUUUGGAUGGAGAUGCGAAGACAAUGACUUUCCUCCAGGAGGUCGUGGAUAUCUUGUUAGCCUAUAUUGUGGAGUCCUUCGAUAGGUCAACGAAAGUCAUCGAUUUUCACUACCCCAAUGAAUUACUCCAAAGAAACAACUGGGAACUUUCCGACGACCCUGAGAGCCUGGAUGAUAUCCUUGUAAGUUGUCGGGCCACCCUGAAAUACGCCAUUAAAACAGCGCACCCCAGGUAUUUCAAUCAACUCUCCACUGGAUUAGACAUGGUCGGCCUGGCGGCAGAUUGGUUGACAUCGACUGCCAAUACCAAUAUGUUCACCUAUGAGGUGGCGCCGGUGUUCGUGCUGCUGGAGUACGUCACGCUCAAGAAGAUGAGGGAGAUCAUUGGCUGGCCUGAGGGCCGCGGGGACGGAAUCUUCUCUCCUGGUGGCGCCAUAUCCAACAUGUACGCCAUGCUGCUGGCACGCUUCAAGAUGUUCCCUGAAGUGAAGGAAAAAGGAAUGUCGUCAAUCCCCAAACUAGCAGCCUUCACCUCAGAGCAUAGCCAUUUCUCCAUCAAAAAAGGUGCUGCUGCCCUUGGCAUCGGGACAGAAAGCGUCAUCUGCAUCAAGGUGGAUGAGACAGGGAAGAUGAUACCAUCUGACCUUGAGAAGAAGAUCCUGGAAGCGAAGCAGAAGGGCCUCGUCCCGUUCUUUGUGAGCGCCACGGCCGGCACCACUGUCUACGGAGCCUUUGAUCCUCUCAUCGCCAUUUCUGACAUUUGCAAGAAAUACAACGUCUGGUUCCACGUGGACGGUGCCUGGGGAGGCAGUCUGCUCAUGUCACAGAAACACCGGGGGAAGCUGAACGGGGUUGAGAGAGCCAAUUCAAUGACAUGGAACCCCCACAAGAUGAUGGCCGUCCCACUGCAGUGUUCUGCCCUCCUGGUCAGAGAAGAGGGCCUGAUGCAGAAUUGCAACCAGAUGCACGCGGUCUACCUGUUCCAGCAGGACAAGCACUACGACCUAUCCUACGACACGGGGGACAAGGCCCUGCAGUGCGGACGUCACGUGGACAUCUUCAAGCUCUGGCUCAUGUGGAGGGCCAAGGGCACCAUCGGUUUUGAAGCUCAGAUUGACAAGUGUUUGGAACUGUCGGAGUAUCUGUACAACAAGAUCAAGGACAGGGAAGGAUACGAGAUGAUCUUCAACGGAAAACCUCAGCAUACCAACGUGUGCUUCUGGUACCUACCCCCCGGCGUGCGCUGCAUAGAGGACAAAGUGGAGAAGACUGAACGCCUUGCCAAGGUGGCCCCUGUGAUCAAGGCCAGGAUGAUGGAGUACGGCACAACCAUGGUCAGCUACCAGCCACAGGGGGACAAGGUGAACUUCUUCCGCAUGGUCAUCUCAAACCCAGCCGCCACCUUAGAAGACAUCGACUUCCUCAUUGAGGAGAUCGAACGGCUCGGCCAUGACCUUUGAGGAACCCGAGCGACGCCCGUGGAGAGUGCCAGGCUGAGAGCUCAGAUACGUGUCUCCUCCAAUGGAUGAAAUGUUUGUCUGUGAAUGUACCGGCACUGCGAUUCUUCAAUUUGUCUCCUCUGGCAUCUCCUAGAGAUAGUUAUAUUUAAGAAAGGUUUAAGAAAAAAAUUAUUUAAAAUCUUUAUCUCUAUAUUAAUAUACAGUAUAUAUGUAUACAUAUAUAUUUCAGUAUCGUAGCGUUGUUGUGGCCUUCUCGGUCCAAAGCCAUGUGAAAGUGUUUAUGUCUGCUUUUCAUGUUGACAUUAGUGCAUUUGACGUACCAUCAUAAGUACUUAGUGUAAGUAUGAGGACAUUUAUUCUUCGAUCCUAGUGCAAUAGCAACUGAAUUAGUUCAUACUAACCUUAAUCAGACUUCAUAAGUGCCAGAGAUAUACGGAAUAUCUAUUGAUUUAUUGAGGCACUUAAGCUUACCUCAAUUUGGGACUACUGCCUUUACAAUCACUGGCGUCCUGUAUUGAUCUCUUUUAAGGUUUGUCAUUUUUGUUUUUGUCUAGAAAAGGGGAGUGAGAGAAGUGUAGGUGACACAGGUGGUUGGUUAUCAUAUCAAUAAUCCAAAAAACUGAAUAUUUCCUUACUGUGGUGUGCGCAUUCAUGUUUCCAAACAGCAUUUAAUCGACAGCUUUUACAUCUGUACCUCGUUUCUCUCAUCCCACGGGCUGUUCCUAGCUAGAAUGGGUCACUCUUGUUUCUCUCAUCCCACGGGCUGUUCCUAGCUAGAAUGGGUCACUCUUGUUACGCAACCUUUGGGACUCCUGUGUCUUUUUCCUCCCUUCGUUGGGAAUGGAUACAUUGUACGGGUACUCAGCUGUCACAAACAUCACUGAUGUUUACCUAAAUGCUCUUUGAAAGGGAAGAAUGCUGAAUAGAUCAGAACAUGCUUUCUGUGUCGUGUGAAGGCAUUGCAUGGGGCCCGUCCAGUCAAGCGUUAACCUGGCUGGUUUCGUGAACGUACAGGAGAGUGAGAACAGUGCCUGAAGACGUUGAUGGCGAUGUGGACCAUGACCAUGACACAAAUGCAGCAUACACAGAAUUAUUUGCCAGUUUGAGCAAACCUAAGCGCACAAACACCACUUGCCCAUGCCUCAGACAAAAAGGACCUCUUUCUUGUCAAAGGUAGAGGUCCCGGGUUUAGCAGAUGCUUUUAUCCAAAGCGACUUACGUCAAAAGCAUCCUGCAGUGGCUGGGAAUCCAGGUUCACUGCUUAGAGGGUGGAAAUGCUAACCACUGCAUCAGAACAGCCUUUUCAUAUUUAUAGCAGGAAAAAAAACGUCUUCUGUCCGCUUCUUGAUCUGUUCACAAGCUCCAUCUUUAACUGUUGAAGAUAGUGUCUCCUAUUCAUUGAUGUUUGCUCAGUCCUGUAUGUCUGACAUUGGGAUUUCAUUCUUUUGAGAAUACUGCUUGGAGUCCAUGACCGGCUUGUAUUGGGAUGUGGUGUGGUUCAUAAUGCCAGUAAGAUGCAGUAGAAAUGUUUUUUUGAGAACACACCGUAAAGUUUUCUCUAGUUUUCAUACAUAAAUGGGUGCUGACCAACGCAUGGAGAACUAUAGGUAAUUUAGCGAUGUUGAAUUGUAUCACAUAGAGAGGAGCUACUGUCUUUUAGUCCCUUGACUCAUUUACCAAGAGGACAUUCUCAGUCUAGAUAAGCUGGAAACCCUGGAUACCGAUGUCAAGGUCUGAAGGACAGAAAUGUACAAUCAAAAGCAAUACAAGCCACAUGCUGAGUGAUCCGGUGGCUCCUUUUGAGUAUCAGUCUUCAUUGAAAUGAAAAAGGCCUGUUCAUUUAUAUUCCCAGCACAUUUCUGGGGAUCCUAUGAAGUAGGAUGUAUAUGGGAAACAUUAAUUAAAAUGACAAAAAGUCAUAUUUAUUGGGGAAGCACCAAUUUAGUGUGUUUUUUUAGUUGAUUCAGUCUGCUCGUGCAGGCAGCCUGGCUAUGUAGCGAUGACCUGGAGGAGGUAGGAGACAACGUUUUUAAAAAGCACAAUUACUUAUGGCAUAGUUGUCCACAUCAGCUUUCAAUCAGUUUGUAUGUGGACUUUUAAGAUAGCCAUGACAGAGUGCAGAUAUAUGUGUAUACUUUGGUGUAUAUAAGGCAAAUAACCAGAGUCUAUUUGUGAAGUAAAAUAUUAUUUUGUCUAUUUAAUAGAGAUUAUCUGACUUUAAUCCCACUGGUCAUCAAUGCUUUGAGGUGACAGAGAGAGAGAGAGUGAGAGUGAGUGUGUCUGUGUGUCUGUGUGUCUGUAUGUACACAUGAGUGUGUCAGACACAUGAGGUAUAAAAUGUUAUAUGUCACCUAACGUAAAAGACUUAAAAGACGGUGUGUGUGGUCACAGGCUGUCGUCCUUCUCGUUUAUUGAAAGCGCAGACUCAGCGUUGCCACACUGGCAUAGAAGGCUCAGCACAUUCUGGAAUAGGAACUCAAAAGAAUAUGCAAAGCCAUUUCUACAACACUGAAGCCCGUGGUCUUUGUGCCCAAGUGAUAUACUUGACAGGAUGUGCCAAUAUGUAUUUUUUUGUGUGUUUGUAACUGUGUUGCCUUAGUAUCAAUUUUACGGUAUUUGUCUCGUUCUUCUCAAGGAGAGGUUGUGCACUUUAGCUUUAAUGUACAAAGCUCUGACUAUGUGCAAUGUUGAAAUGGUUGUUCAUUGUUUGAUGUAGGGUAAAAAAGUGGGGGAAAAAACUACAAAAAAAAAAACAAUCAACAACUGUGAUUUGUCGAAUGUGUCACGCUUUCUGUUUGAAGGUUGAAAGUGGAAACUUUGAUUUAUUUCCUGAAACCUUGCUUCUUCAGUUGCUUUUGUAGUUUGAGCUACUGUACUUGUAGAUAUGACAAAGCUACCUUGUUCCUGUAUCUACCUACACAUCAGCAAGCUAAUUUAUUGUUACGUGGAACAUGGAGAGAACAAAAUGGACUUGUGCUUUUCGGCCCCCGCCUCUGAUUUGGCAAUGUGAUUUGACUCAGCAUCCAGUCACCUCAGCCUCUCAUAGAGGUAGUCUUGAAACGUCCGCCAUUUUGUUUUCUAACCUUGCUGUUGCUGCUGUUGCUGCUGCCACUGCUACUGGCCUUGCUCACUUUGCACGUGCAUGAACGCUUUCGCUUUCCCCCUCGGCCUGUGAGAUUACAAUCCUUGUGACGGUCUUACCCAAUGUCAGUUCUAGUGGCAAGUGACUAGUGUAGCUUUAUGAUAUAGCCUAGUGUUGCUUCAUGUGCCCGUGUUGUCCCCUCUCCCUGAAGAUGGCUAUGUGCUAAGCUAGCUACAAGCAUGCGCUACAGCCUGUCUGCUUUCUGCUGAACUGUUUGUCCUCUGUCUUUCUCUGUCUCUUUCCUCUUUCUCGCUCUUUUCUCUAUCAUAUGUUUGGAUGCAGCUCUGGUGUGUUUUCUGUGGGCGCACAGCAUGUUACCCCAAGUAUCUUCUUCGCCUUUUCAAAUCUCUUCUCUGAAGCUUUGCCCUUAGUAGCAGCAGCCAGCUUUCAAGAAAGAAAUGUGUUAGCUCUGCUUACUGGCUAACCACCAGCUCUCUGAGCUUUGCGGAUGUAUUUCCUGAGCCCAUCUGUGAUGAAUUUUAGCGACUUGACAAAACAGGGUAUCUUCAUGCCUCUGAAGUGAACGUUUUAUUUUGUAUAAUUGAUUUAUUUUACUCACUGUCGGUCAACACUGGUGAUGUCCUUUGAUUUUUCUGAGGUCUUUAUCUCGAGCGACUGUGUGAACCAAUAUGUUGAAUCAGAAAGUAAUAGAUGUGUAAGAUGCCAGCCUCUCUGAAAUACAAAAAAAUUAAAUAAAAUAAACUGUCCUUUUGGCCUGUAUGUUAACCUCCCUGGGGAAAUACAAAAUAAACCUUCUUGCCAAACUGA